AUGCCUAACAAUAUGCACGACUCAGCAAUGAUGAUAUGUUAUCGUGAAUGCUUAUCUAAUUUGAGCAAAUUCAAUGGUGGUGAAGAAUACAAGAUUUUUCAGUUCAUCAGCAAUAUUGAGAGAAUUGGAAAAAUGAUUGACGCAAAUGAAAAUAUUUUACAUUGUAUGUGUACCGCUAAAUUAGAUGGUGAAGCAAGACGCUGGUAUGACGAUAAUAUGUCAUUAACUCAAUGGGAACAACUGAAAUUUGCGUUAUUGGAAAGAUUUACAAGAUGUGAUUCAUCGUCAAAAUUGUUCGAACAAUUAAAAGAACGUAAACAAAAAACAGAUGAAACAAUCACAUCUUAUUACGAUGCUAUUAUUAAACUAUGUCAUGAAUAUGAUCCAUCGAUGUCACAAAAAAUGAUCAUAUCAUGGCUAGAAAAUGGAAUAAACGAUUCAUUAAAAAUUCCAAUCAAACACGAACAAGAACUACAAGAAGAAAAUGUUCCGGAACGUGAAACAACAGCACCGUAUGUUCCAUAUUUUUCGAAUACAGCAUCAACAACACUAAAAACACCGGAAAAUAUACAUCCAAGUGAAUCACAACAUUUACAUCAAACACAAACAACUAAUACACGCGAAGUCAACAAUCUUUACCAACAACAAAAGCAUUUCAACGUACAACCACGAUCGCCGCCACGAAUUCGUCAUAUACCUUCACAACAUCGUUCAUUUAAUCUUCAAUCACAAUCGUCUACAUCUCGUCGUAACAUACAACACAUUCCACCGGAACAAGCUACAUCAAAUAAUUCGUCAACUAUGAAUAUGCGUCAAUAUGGUCCCUGCUCGAUAUGUCACCGAAAUAAUCACCGUACAAUUGAUUGCUAUUAUAAGAAACCAUUUGGAUCUGGAACCCGUGAUGGUGGUCAUUCCAGUAAAUUAAAACAACAUCCAUCAACGAAUUAUAAUAUUACAUCAAAAUUCUCAAGUCCUAUAUUUAUUAAUGUUCAAGUUAAUGGUAAACGACAACAUGCUAUUAUUGAUACUGGAUCUGCAGUCAGCAUCAUUAAUCAACAAUUACUAAAAAAUAUCCACCAUAAGAAAUUCAUGUAUAAACAUAAAUCACACAAGUCAGCUAAUUCUACAUCGAUUAACAUUAUUGGUGAAAUUCAACUCGAAAUUAAAAUCCAAGGUCAUACGACAUUAAUUCUAGCAGAUGUCGCGACAAAUAUUAUUACGGAUUUAUUACUUGGAAAUGACUGGAUCGCCGAAAACAAUGUCAUCAUUGAUUCACCACAACGACAUAUUUUUCUGACCGACAAAUAUUAUCAAAUAAUAGCAACAACACCAUUUAUCAAACCACCUGAUAUUCAUUUAACUAUACUUUUGAUCGAUGAAAUUACACUACCACCAUAUUCAGAAAAACUUAUUAACGUAAAAACUGCAUCACCUAUAAAAAAUACUAUUGAUGUUUUAUUUGAACCAGCUCACAAUUUAUAUUCGAAACAAAUAUUACUUGCAAAUGCUAUACUCAAAAUGGAAAAUAAUACAAGUCAGAUUAUGAUUAUCAAUGUCAAUGAUCGUCAACGUACGCUAUCAAAGAAUACAAAAUUGGGACAUAUUUCAUAUCAGACUGAAUUAAAUAAUUAUUGUAUUUUACCAGUAUUAUCAGAAGACGAAAAUUAUCAACCAACAUAUUCAAAAUCAUUUAAUUAUAAGAGGAACAACACUCGAAAGAGUGGUUCCUGUGAUCCAUUAUUCCGAGAGAAGAGGAAGGUCCGAUUUACGGACUUUACCUGUGGAAAAGAACAUGAUGAAGCACAACAACAUCGAUGCUAUGUUUGUCAAGAACAAUUUCUAUCCCGAAAUGAUUUACAACAACAUUUACGCCAAAAAUGUUAUCCAUCAGAAAUGCGAGAACAAAUCGAGAAACUCACCCAACACAUCGAAGACAUAAAACAACGAAAAGAAUUACAAAAUAUUUUAUGGAAACAUGGAAAACUAUUUGACAUUCGUCAACCGUCCACCAUUAAAGCAACAGUUCAUCAUGCCAUUGAAACUGGUGUUCAUCCACCAACUUAUACUUCACCAUAUCGGGUUUCAUACAAGGAUGAACAAAUGCAAAGAGACGAAAUUGAUAAAUUACUCAAGCAAGGAAUAAUCGAAGAAUCUAUCUCGCCGUGGUCAUCCCCAAUAGUAUUGGUAAGAAAAAAAGAUGGUUCUGUUCGAUUUUGUAUUGAUUUUAGAAAAUUAAACAAUAUUACUACGAAGGAUGCAUUUCCUAUGCCUCGUAUUGAUGAUAUUUUUGACCACUUAUCUCAAGCCGAAUAUUAUACUACAAUUGAUUUUAAAUCUGGUUAUUUUCAAGUUGGCCUUGAUCCGGAAGAUCGUCCAAAAACAGCAUUCUCUACCAGAGAUCAACAUUACCAAUUUACAGUGUUACCUCAAGGUGUUACAAAUGGUCCUCCAGCAUUUCAACGCAUCGUUAGUCAAAUACUCGGACCUACCAGAUGGCAAUAUUCAUUAGCUUAUCUCGACGAUGUUAUUAUAUAUUCAACAACAUUUAACCAACAUUUACACCACCUCGAUGAUAUUCUAAAUCGAUUAAAUGAUGCAAAUUUUCGUCUCAAUAUUAAUAAAUGUCAAAUAGCACAAACAGCGAUAGAUUAUUUGGGUCAUCAUAUUGAACACAGCAAUAUUAGACCGAAUGCAGACAACAUCCGCGCAUUAGUAGAGACUCGACAGCCAACAACAGCAAAAGAAGCUUUUCGAUUCGUCAAAGCUGCGGAAUAUUAUCGUAAAUUUAUACCCGCAUUUUCCACCAUUGCACAACCUUUACAUCAAUAUGCACCGAGAACUAAAGAACAACGAUCAAAAAAAUCACAAGCGACACCUAUUACUCUAUCUGAUGAUGCACUUGAUGCAUUUAAUAAAUUAAAGAAAAUAUUAACCAAUGAUUUGAUAUUACGAAUUCCAGAUCAAAAUUUACCAUUCAAGAUACAAACGGAUGCAUCAAAAAUUGGAAUUGGAGCUGUACUUAUGCAAACUCAUUCACACGGUGAUCUACCAGUCGCUUACUUAUCAAAGAAGUUUACACCAACACAAAUGAAUUGGCCUGCAACAGAACAAGAAUGUUACGCUAUUAUAUACGCAAUCGAAAAAUGGCACAAGUACUUAGAUGGUCGUUCAUUCAUUAUCGAAACAGAUCAUAAACCAUUAUUACCAUUCAACUUGAAGCAACAAUUAAAUUCAAAAUGUGAACGAUGGCGUUUAAAAUUACAACAAUAUCAAUUUACUGUUCGAUACAUUAAAGGAAAACAUAAUACCGUAGCUGAUUAUUUAUCCCGAUCACCAGUCGAUAAUGGAAUGAAUGAUGAAGAUGAUUAUACACCAACAACAUCCCGAUCAACACAAACCGACAAUUUCACAAUAACACAUGUCGUUGCAUCCGUCACUACAAGGGCGCAAACAAGACAACAAAAGAGGAAUGACGACCGACAAGUCGAUCGUUCCUGUGAUGAAGCACAACAAAAGAGGAAUGACGACAAACAGGUCGAUCAUUCCUGUGUUGUAGAACCACCACAAUCACAUAUAAUGGAUGUUAGCAAUGAUCAUAAUAUGAUUGUACCAUUUACAUGGGAACAAUUAAAACAGUUACAACAUCAAGAUAAACAAACAAAACACAUGAUAUCACAUAUUAAAGAUUUCAAUGAUUAUUUUUUAGAAGAUAAUAUGUUACUGAAAAAAUCGUCCCCACCGGUACCAUUUGUACCCAAAGGACGAAUUCGCUCCGACAUUAUUAAAAUUUAUCAUGAUACACCAGCGAAUGGAGCACAUUUUGGUCGAAAUAAAACCACUCACAAAAUUCGACAAAGAUAUUUUUGGCCUAAUAUGAUUGAUGAUAUACGGAAUUAUGUUAAGUCAUGUCUACCUUGUUUACAAAAUAAUCAUCUACGACAAAAACCUCCUGGCGCUCUCAAACCAAUCAAACCUCCUGAAGGAGUAUGGCAAUUGCUUACUAUGGAUUUCCAUGGACCUAUUACACCAACGACGAAAAAUGGCAAUAAAUAUAUUAUUGCAUUAACCGAUGUCUUAUCAAAAUUUGUUAUUACUAAAGCAGUACGUGAUUGCACUGCCACAACAGCAGCCCGUUUUGUUACCGAAGAAGUUAUCCUUAAAUAUGGCACUCCAAAAUGCAUUCUUACAGAUAACGGUACACAUUUUACCGCUACAAUGAUGACCGAAUUAUUAAAAAAAAUCGGUGUUACACAUUUAUAUUCAACACCUUACCAUCCGAUGACUAAUGGACAAAUUGAAAGAUUUAAUGCAACAAUGGACGCCAAAAUAGCAGCAUUAUCAAAUGAAAAACGUACAAAUUGGGAUGAACAGUUACCAUUUGUUACAUUCAAUUACAAUACAAGUAUUCACACAACAACCGGACAAAUUCCAUUUGAAUUAAUGCAUGGUCGAUCACCAAUAUUACCUUUCGAUCAACAACAACCAUUAAUUACACUUUCACAAGACCCAGAGCAUCGAUUAAAAUUAAAUCAAUAUUUAUCAACAUUAACCGAACAAGCAAAAAUUAAAAUAUUGGAACAGCAAGAGAAAUACAAACAACGUUAUGAUCAACAUCGUUCCAAUCCAAAUCACACGAUCGGUGAAUUAGUAUUAAUUAAAAUAUUAAAUAUGCGCAAUAAAUUCGACGCGAGAUACGAAGGACCAAAAAUUAGAUCGAUUAACCAACAAAUAUCAAUCGAAGAAAGUGUUGGAAAACAAAAAUAUGAAGAACUUGUCCAAGAAGGUAAAUGUGAUAUCUUUCAAAUAUCAACAUCUAAUUAUAGAUAUUACCAUAUUCAUCGUGAAACAUCUAUUGAUGUAUUAAAUAAUUUAAUUGAAUAUGCUAUGAACACAACACAUUACACAUUGGAUACGGAAUGCCAAUUACAAGACCCACCUAAACCUUCAACAGCUGCAUUGAUCCAAAUCGAAUUCGUAUAUAAAAAUCAUCCAUCUAUUUUAAUACUUAUCGAGACAAUGCAUUUACCUGUUGAACAGUCAAGAACAUUCGACAAAAUAAAAACGCUUUGUCGAACCAUUUUCUCCGACAAUCACAUUAUUUAUUCAUGGGGCGACAUCAAAGAUGAACUCUCCAAAUUUUACCAAUAUAAUUUAUUUGAUCGCAAUGAUAUUCACCAGAUCAAUGAUAAAAAUAUACAACAAAAAUUCAAAGAGUGGUUUCAUGAAAAUCAUCCAUCAUCAUCUCAUGUACAACGCAAAGCUCAAGAAACAUAUUCACUUCAAAUGGCCAUUUACCUAGCAUUCAACCAGUGGUUGGAUAAGAGAAUGACCCUUGCAAAUUGGGGGUGUGGACUUGAUCCCGCAUUAUAUACAAUUGCAAUAUCACAAGAAUAUAUUAAGAAGAAAAAUCAAAUUAUUGAAAAUGAAGAAGAAUAUAGGAGAUUAAUGAUUAUAUACGCUUUAAAUGAUUGUUUAGCUGUAACAAAGCUAAUAUCAAACAUAUAUGAUGAUAAACAACUUAUCAAUUAUGAACAAGAUCAAGUACCAGGUGAUUUAUUUUUAUCAGAUGAAAUCAAUCAUGAUGUCGAAAUUCAUGUACAACGGGAAAUUUCUGAAUUAAAUGAUGAUCAUAUACAUAUUGAACCAAUACAUAAUGCAUUCAUAGGGAUUCAUGUAGAAAAUGAACCCUAUGAAAUGAUAAGCGACGAUGAGUUCGAGGGCAUAUCUUUACCGGAGAUAAUGAAACUCCAUUUACCACAUCAACAACCAUUAUAUAAUGGGAAAUCACUUGAUUAUGAUGAUACAUUAAUCGGGGUUCAUGCGCAAAAUGAACCAUCGAAUGAAAUAGGAAUUAUUUCAGACGAUGAUAUAGAACAAAAUAGACCGGUUAAUCAACAUUCACAUCAACGUCAACCGUUAACCAGAAACCAAAGGAAAAAUAGAAAAAAACGUGAAAAACGUUAUCAAUUUGAGAUCAUCCGGUCAGUUUAUUACAAAUUUACUACACGAAACAUUAAAAAGAUUUUAAUAUUUAUGAAUAUUCCGUAUGUGAACUUUAAUGUUGUCGGGAAAAUGUUAUUCCUGGGUGUAGUUAUCGUUUUUCUCAAUAAAGAGAAGGGUGAAGAUAUCACCCCUAAUAGUGUCCAUAUUAAAUUAACAUUAUGGAAUGAGCAGGCUAAAACGAUUCCUAAAUCUAUCAUUCAAAAAACUUUAAAAAUAAAAAAUAUCAAAGUUGAUUUCUUUAAUGGAUCGCGUACACUUGUUACUAUGGCAAAUACUCGUAUAGCCAUUAUUUGA